AUGUCUAAAGGACUGCCUUCAAUAGCAUCACUAUCUGAUGAUGAUGAACAUACUCCUUCAACUUCCAGUACUAAGGAAAACACAUCUCCGGUCAAAAACUUGAUUAUUCAGAAGGAAAAGGACACUGUCAAUAAUCAUGCUACGGACUUCAUUCCUGUUCCUGAUAGUAAACUGCCUCCCGUCAAGUUUGCUGGCUUUCAUACCUCUUCCAUUUAUGUGGAGAAAAAGCGAACAAGCAAUCCUAGUCGCAGCCAGAGACGGCGAAUGAGUGAAAUUAACCACGCCAUCUCUGCUUCUCCGUCUUUGAAGAAUCUUAACAAGCUCAAGUUGAUAGAGAACAAGUUGACUACGCGUAAGGUUUCAGGGGGAAAGAAACGAUCCGUGUCCGGCAUUCAGUACAUGCUCAAAUUUAUUGCAGAUAAGCCUCAUAAUACAAACGUCCUUACUAGGGUGCCGCAAACUUCGAGUCCAUCUACAAACGCAUCCCCGGAAACCGAUAAACUGCAGUUCAUUUGCCGUCUGCUUGAGGUUAAGCAAUGGAUAGAUGCAGUUCUCGGAGAGGAGCUUGAUGUCGGGGAAUCUAAUAUUUCUGAAUUCCAGGAUUAUUUCAGAAACGGUGUUCUUCUAGCAGAGAUCACCAAGAAACUCGACCCCGAUUCCGUAAAAUCCAUAUACUACGGUCAGGCCACUAAUACUGUAUCAUCAGCCAAAGGCAAAUUUGUGAACAAGAAGGGACUAUACUUCAAAUUCACUGAAAAUAUUGUGCAGUUUCUAGACUAUUUGAGAAAGGUUCGCAUGCCGGACAUGUUUAUCUUUGAAACCAGAGACCUUUUUGAAAUGAAGAAUUUCCCGAAGGUAAUCUUUUGCCUUCAGGCCCUCAGUUACUUGUCUGCUCUUAAGAAUAAUAUGCCAUCUAUACAGAGAGUUUCUGCGGAUAGUAUUAAUGUCAGUGCUGAAGAGAUUCGAAGUGUUCAAGCGCAGAUUCGAGGUGUCAAGUUGCCGAACUUUGAUAAUAUUUAUGACGGUGUUCGGGUGAACGUUGGUAGUGACAUACGGCCAGUGGCAUUGUUCUCACAGGGUCAAAUUCCAGAAGCUGAGGACAAAAAAUCUGAUGUGGAGUCAGGAAGAAAGUUCAGUCUUCAUAUUGCCAAGACACGUCAACUUCAAACCGACAUCAAGAGUUCAGAGAUCAUCGAGGAAACACCUGAGGAGAAGCCUAAACCCACUAUUUUUGCGAGUGACUCUUCCCUUGACGACGAUUACCUUUUGCCUCUCAAAGACCCUGUGGCGAAGCAGGUGGAUACAACACAGGCAAGAACUCUUUUUCGUGAUUACAAUCCAACACUAGACAUUGAUAUGGAGGCUAUAGAAAAGAAGUAUAGUUCAAUGAUUCAACAGGAUAAUGGUCUUUCACUAACCGGUGAUUGCAGUAUUACCUAUCAUGAUGAUGAUUCUUAUUCAUCUCCAGUGGUCAUUGAUGGCACUUUCCCUAUCGAGAAUCUUAUUGGCCUACAAUCCAUAGCUAGGGGAGCUCUGAUUCGUUACGGACUAUUUGUGAAUAAAUUUAUGAUGAAGGUGUUUACUCCGGACAUUAUGACUUUUCAAGGAAUUCUCAGAGGUGUUCUCGUUCGGCAUAAGCUAAAGCUUGCACAUACGAGUCUCAAUGCUAAUAGCAGAUCUUUAUCUGUCUUACAGACAAUCUUGAAGAAUCGUAAGAAGGAAGAUAGGUAUACUAUAGUGAAAAAACAGCUCUCGCAGUGUAAGUCAGACGUGAUUUUCUUGCAGAAUCAAAUUCGUGGUGCCGUGAUCAGAGAGGGAAAUUAUCAGACCAGAAAGCAGCUUUUGAGACAGACUACAAGGGUUAUCCAAUUGCAAAGUUUAAUUAGAGGAAUUAUAUUCCGUGGUCUGCUAAGAAGGCACGGCUCUGAUGCUACAAGACUUAAGCGUCCGCGUUAUAAGACUAUCAUUAGGGCUCCAAGAUUGGAGAGUAAAAGGAAAAGACCACCUGAAAAGCAUCAGGAUAGAAAAUCAUAUCGGAUGCAUGACUGGGAUAUGAUGAUUUAUGAACAUGAGGAUUCUUGGAACAGCUUAAGUUUGAUUGCAAAGGGAUAUCUUGUCAGGCGACGUAUUGAACAGACUAAGAACCGUCUUCGCAGGAGAGGAGCUGGGGUCAUUGCAUUGCAAUCUACGUUUCGUGGUGUUCUUACGCGCUUUUAUAUUGCAGUGGGACUAGAGAGGUUAGAAAAUAAGUCUCCAGAGAUUGUGCUGUUUCAAUCAAGGAUAAGGGGUGCUCUGAAAAGAAAGAAGAUUAAACAGAGGGAAGCCUGGUUCCAGAGGCCAGAGAAUAUCGCCAGGAUCUGCAAGAUUCAAAACUUCGUUCGUGGAUCUAUAGCUGCAACCGAUUACAAGUCGUUAAUCAACGAAAGGAAUCCACCUCUGAAAGCUAUUAGAAAUUAUAUCGGCUUAUUGAGCGGUUCUGAUAUCGACCUGGAAGAUGAGAUAAGCAUAGAGAAGUACAAACGUAAGAUUACUUCAGAGACAAAGCACAUAGAGAAGUGGGAGCAUGAUUUGAAACAGCUUGGUGUGAAGCUUCAGCUAUUGAAAAAGAAUCGGAUCUCUUUGGAAGAAGUCGUUCGCUUCAGAGACAACAACCUUAACUUGAGUGACUAUUCGCAGAGUUUGAAUGAUCUGAUGAAUAAAAGUAUCUCUUCCAAUCCAUCUAAAAUUGUGGAUAAGUCCUGUAAGAACUUGCUUGAACUCUACGGGAAGAUAUUUUAUCUUUUGCAAACCAAGCCUGAUUACUUUGCUGGAUUAAUGCAUUGUGUCGAUUUCAACGGCCUUAAAGAUACAAUCAGGUCAAAACAUGUGGAGGAUUGGGUCCUGAAAGUGUUCAAUUAUUCUUCAUUCGUUCAAGAAACUUCGAAUGGCUCCACUAGAGAAGAGUUUCUGCUUAUGAAACUUAUUCUUGCUACUUCUUUCAAGUUUUUCCUUGAGGUUGGAAACAAGAAGAAUUUCCAUGACUUCUUGAAGGCCAGGCAGGAUCUUCUGCAUUAUGAGCCUAAGCAUUGGGAAAGGAUUUUACUAUGCUAUGUCAACCUUCCAAGACAGAGACUCAUGGCCAAAAAUCUUUUCAGCGGUGCAAUCCUUCGAGUUACUUCAGAUAGUGAUUCUUGGUAUGAGCCCGAUCCUCAAAAGAUAUAUAAGAGGGUGGUAGAGAAUGACGAAGAAGAGGGGAGGAUCACGUUAAAGAACUUCGAUAGAGAAGAUCCAAUUGAUGACCCUGAGACGAGGCAACAGUUUGUAAAGAAUUUAAGCGAAUUAAGAGAGGCCUCCUACGAUAUCAUGAAGUCUAUUGGGGAGUCUGUGGUUAAGGUUCCGAAUUACAUGAGAUGUGUUUGCAAGGAGAUGUAUCAACAGUUGAAAGAUCAGUUCCCCGGCGAGUCUGAGAAAUACUAUUUGAGUACUGUGGGAUCUGUGUUUUUUAGAUCCUAUGUCAUUCCUUUGUUUACCAGGCCCGAAGAUUAUGGUAUCAAUGUUGCUGGAGUCAGCGAUGAACUAGAAAAAGUGGCCACUGUAAUGUCGAAUCUUGAACAGGUUGCUAAAGUUUUGAACCAACUUGUUUGCAUGAGGCCGUUCCCACCAUCUGAGGUUUAUCUCCAACCAUUGAACCCAUUUAUAGAGGAGUUUACUGAAGGAGUGAGAGUUAUCAUCAAGGAUCUCAUCAACGUUUCACCGAUUGAUGAGUGCUACCAUAUGAGUUCUGUGUACGAUGAUGUUGCCUCACAUAAUAAGCCCAUAUUAAGUAUGGCUUCGGAGGAUGUACUCGACCUCAUCGGCUAUUUGAGAACAAACAUCGAUUUUGUGGCUCCAGAAAGGAAUGAUCUCCUUCGAUAUUUGCUUCUUGGAGCGGGCGAACUUUCUUCCAAUCAUCGGAAAUUAGAGACUGUGCGAGGAUUCCUUAACUUGAAACUUCAACCGAUUACUGAGAGUACGAACUCAGAGGAUCUAGAAAUAAAAACACUGAUUAUGGAAGCCAAAAGAUAUAUUAUAUAUAUUUUGCAGGUUCAGGAUGGUGAGGACCUCUUGGAUCUAUUACUAUCUGAGAUUACACCCCAGGAUGAAUUGAGGUUUAAGGAGAUUGUGAAGGAGGAAAAGAAGAUGAUCAGGGAGGUGAGCGGAUUGGAAUCUGUGUUUGAGAAACAGGCCCUUGAUGAUAUCUACAACUCAACAUAUCCUCAAGUAAAGAAGCAUGCCAUUGAGCUGGUUCUUGAUCUUGAACAUAAGGGUAUCGUAACCAGAUCUGAUUGUUAUCAGCCCCUUUUGAACGAGAUAUCCAAGGAUAUCAAGAACAAAAAGGUACAGAAGGAGGAUAGAGAAAGAAGACUUAAGGUGGUGGUUGAUACCUUGAAGAAGCUAACCCAGAAGGAAAGGACAUGCUCAAAGCUGUAUGCGGAAUACAUCAAAGACAUCGAUAAGUUCAUGCUUAAUUUACAGAAUCAAAGUGCAAGCAGGAAAAAGUCGUUCUUUUCAAGGCUAUUCUCAAAACAAUAUUACUACCAACUGAGACUCAAGAGGAAAAAGGGAUAUAUUCCACGAUUUGGCUCUUUUAAAUAUGACGGCAAGUAUUUGAAGGAUGGGGGAAUUAUCGAAAAUAUCUCAUCAUCAACGCGGGCUACUGUGAAGCCAGGCAGGAUCAACUUUAUGUUUAGUUGUGAGCAGCAAGGAAAGUUCAUCAUUGAUGUGUCGAACAAUUCGGUGGACAUUACGGGCUUAGAGACUUUAACAUUAGACGACUUGUUAGAUUAUCAAUAUGAAAACAAGAAGCAGUUCGAACUAUUUGGAGGUUGUGUGACGAUGAACACAGAUAAGUUUGUGGCGUUUAUCUUUAAGAAGUUCUUUGAGGUGAAGGAGUGA